CGGGCCGCGGAGCCGGCUUUACCCCGCUCGGCGGCAGCAGCCUUGAGGGUUUCGAGUUUGAAGGGUCUGAUUUUUGAAAUAUAUUUUUUCCUAUUUCAUUUUCCUUUAACGUUUUGGAGAACGGAGCUGGGGACCCUGAAGAGCCACCGGCAGCCCUCCACGUGGACAGCCCGGAGGGGAAAGGGAGUUGGAAGCAAACUUGGGCUAUUGGCACUGAGGCCGCAACUUCAUCUGGACGCUUAAGACCUGGGGUCAUGACUCUUAGGGUGGGCAGGUGGAAGGCUUUACCUGCCCCUGCCCCGGGCUGGACUUGAGCCGCCACCCCAGUUGGCAGCUCCCUUUCCCACCCACCUACCUGCACACUCCUACCUGGCAUCUGGACUAGGCCCAGGCACUGGUCUGCAUCAUGGAUAAGUAUGAUGACCUGGGCCUGGAGGCCAGUAAAUUCAUCGAGGACUUGAACCUGUACGAGGCCUCCAAGGAUGGACUCUUCCGAGUGGACAAGUGUGCAAGCAACAACCCGGAGUUUGAGGAAACUCGCAGGGUGUUUGCCACCAAAAUGGCCAAGAUCCACCUCCAGCAACAUCAACAGCUCCUGCAGGAGGAGGCUGCGCCCCGCGGGGCCCGGGGCCCUGUGAAUGGUGGGGGCCGCCUGGGUGCACAGGUUCCUCGGGAAGCUGGUGUGGGCGGCAAGCAGACCCUGGAUGGGGCCGCCAAGCCUCCCCUCGCUGCCUCCACAGUGGCUCCUGGGACGGCCACCUCUCUUGCCUCUGGGCAGCCCUUGUACCUACCCCAGGAGCAGAAGGCCAGGCCUUAUGCCCGUAACACGAAGAAUGGCAGCCAGGACUGUGGUUCCAAGGACAGCCCAGUGAAUGCCGAGGUGUCCGCCUCCCAUCGCCCCUGCGAGGAUCCUUCCUGCCUCACCCACGGAGACUACUACGAGAACCUCUCCGCGGCCAGUCCAAAGUGGGAUGCGGAGUCACGGAUGUCCCCCAGCAGCAAACCAGGUGUAGGGAGUGGGUGGCCUCGUGGCCCAGGGAGCGACCCACACCUUCCCAAACCCUCCAGGGACCAUCAGCUAUACCGGCCACAGCUCUCCCUGAGCUCCAGCAGGUCAUUUGAGAGUGGCCAGGAUGGUGUUGGUGACCGUGGCAGUGAGAAGCCAGCGGGUCUUUGGACCACGGCCUCCUCACAGCGGGUGAGCCCAGGCUUUCCUUCUUCAGGACCAGAGAAUGGUACCUUCUUGGGCCUGGCUCAGCCUCGAACUCCCACUUUCUCAGCACCCGUGUCCCUGAGCUGCUCCAGUCAAGUUCUCCCAAGAACAAACUCAGGGGUGGGGAAUGAGGCUUCAGGCACAAUGCCCAGACCCACUGUGGAGCCUCCACCUUGGUUCCAGGAUGGGCCCAACUCAUACCUGCCUAGUUCUGCCCCAGCAUCCUCACCAGCCAGCUCGGACAAUUUGCAGGCGGUUGCCGCCCCUGGCCUGGGUCCCAAGCCUGGCUGCACAGACCCUGGCAUUGGUCCCAAGCUCAGCCCCACCAGCCUUGUCCAUCCAGUGAUGUCCACCCCGCCUGAGUUAUCUUGUAAACAAGGUCCUUCUGGCUGGUCCCCUGAUGGCAGCUUGGGGGCUGUGCUCCCAGAGAGCUCCAGCCCUCCCAGAGUGAGGCUGCCCUGUCAGACCCUCAUCCCGGGCCCUGACCUCGGACUUUCAGCUGCUGAACUGAAAUUAGAAGCCCUCACCCAGCGUCUAGAACGUGAGAUGGAUGCUCACCCGAAGGCCGAUUACUUUGGAGCCUGUGUGAAAUGCAGCAAAGGGGUGUUUGGGGCCGGCCAGGCCUGCCAGGCCAUGGGGAACCUCUACCACGAUGCGUGCUUCACCUGUGCGGCCUGCAGUCGGAAGCUGAGAGGAAAAGCCUUUUAUUUCGUCAACGGCAAGGUGUUCUGUGAGGAAGACUUCCUGUACUCGGGCUUCCAGCAGUCUGCUGACAGGUGCUUUCUUUGUGGCCACCUGAUCAUGGACAUGAUCCUGCAGGCCCUGGGGAAGUCCUACCACCCUGGCUGUUUCCGCUGUGUCAUCUGUAACGAGUGUUUGGAUGGGGUGCCCUUUACUGUGGAUUCAGAGGACAAGAUCUACUGUGUCCGCGAUUAUCACAAGGUGCUGGCCCCCAAGUGUGCAGCCUGUGGGCUUCCCAUCCUUCCAGCCGAGGGCUCAGAUGAGACCAUCCGCGUCGUGUCCAUGGACAGAGACUACCACGUGGAGUGUUACCACUGCGAGGACUGCGGUCUGGAGCUCAAUGAUGAAGAUGGCCACCGCUGCUACCCGCUGGAAGACCACCUGCUCUGCCGUUCCUGCCACGUCAAGAGGCUGGAGAAAGGCCCCGGGCCCACGGCCCUGCACCAGCACCACUUCUAACCAGAGCCUUUCCAGACAGCCCCGGACAAGAAGCCAGCGUUGCACAACAGAAAUCCACUAAUUUACUCCAGUGGCCCCUAGAGUGGAGUUUGGGGGGUGGGAGGAGGCUGGCAAGGGAUCCCUUUUCUGUAACCACAGAGGUGAACCCCACCCUCUGGCGUGUGUAUUUUCCCAGUGCCUCUCUCCGCCGCCACUCCCAUCAGAUCUCUCAGGAAGAUCUCUAGCAGAGUGCGUGGCCUGUGGCCGGAGAUUGCAUCAGAGCCACGGAGUGAACCUGCCCUCUGUUCUAGAAACAGCUCACGUCCAGGGAGGGGGGGCUUGCACUGACAGAUUUCACAAUGUCCUCUGUAGCAGUAUCAGCUGCUGAUUUAUUCUACCCUCUCCCUGGCCUUUAAGAAAAGACCUGCACCCAAGCUCCCUAACCCCUGCAAGGCCACCAUGAUUUAAGACCUUUCUACUCCAGAGCUUCAGUCCUUGUGUAGAGUAAGCUGCAAUUCUUAAUUCAUCAUUGCAGAAAGGAAGUUUUAGCAUGUUCUCUGUAUCUUAGCAAAAAUUUACUCAAAAUCAGAGGCAGGUUUUGAAAUAAGUGAGACAGGGCUUCCUCCUACAUACUGACAACAAUUCUGUGUCCUCUUGCAAAUCUUUACUCCCUUUGAGGCAGCCUGAGGACUAACAGAGAUUUCCCCCGUCUUAGCAGCGUGUGCUUUGGGACAAGAACUUGGUGCAGGCACCAGGCUUUUUUGCCCACCUGUUUGCAUCCGUCCUCUGCCCCCCUUUCUGGAGCUCUCUGGAGUCUGUGACUUCAGAGUCCUCUUACUAAGGCAAGUCUCAGGAUCUUACGUGGGGAUAUCUUGUGUGCCUGUUUUAGCUUACUUCAUGGGCUUGGGGAAGUCCUGUCUACAUACUGAGAGCUAGCCCCUUGGAAAUGAGGAGAGUUUGUGUGUGAGAGAUCUCUUAAGCCAGCUUGGGAGGGAGUACCUCAGGGUAAGUGGUUACACUCAUGUCACAGGUUUCUCUCUUGCCCAAUUCUUGGCACAAGCAUUAUGUUUGAAGAGACCAAGGUACACAGAUUUUAUCUGUUUUUUUUUUCUUUUUGAAAAAAGUUGUUUCCCUCCACUUUCAGUCUUCCACACGCAAAAAAAUACCUCACAGACAAGAGCUUCACCAAAUCACAGUUUCAGGAGGAAUUUGUCCAUCACUCUGGACUCAGAUGGCUUCUUGGUGGUUUAGGAGGCCCUGGCUUUACACAGGCCAGACCUCAGCAGUUCAGGGCUCAGUAAUUUAGCUAAAGGUCAGUGGGGAAUAGGUGUAGUUGAAACUGGGUGUCCUUGCCUUCUGCAUUUCAUCUGCUUCCCCCCAGGUGGCCUGGACUGAACACAGUGGCGAGGCUGCCUUUGCACUGAGGCAGAACCUACCAGAGGUGAAUAUCUGUUGGUAUUUGAGUGAGAAGAAGCUGUUACAAAACAAAACUUGGCCACCAUUUGCCCUUCUCAGCCUGUGGGGAGCGUCCCAGAGCCUUGCUGCAGUGAGAGGGGCCUGUUUCACUGCUGCCAGGCAGGCAUAGCAUGGCACCUGGCGUGUUCUCCGUGUCCUCACCUUACACCAGCAGCAAAGGAACUGGGUGUCGGGCACCCCCACGCUUAGUCAGUGGAACCCAAGAAACAGGAGACUCGCAGACCUUGCACUGGCCCCAGCUCCACUCUGGGCUGUGAGCUGGCUCAGUUGGCAGUAUUGCUGUAAGCAGUACAACAUUGGCACUGCUGGCUGUCCUUUCCGUUUUUAUUAAAUGUAUUCUGUUGGACUCCUUUGGCCAGAUGACUCUUCAGCCGGGGCUGCAGACUUUCAUUGGUUCCUUUUUAAGGGCUGAGGCUCCUGAAAGCCAUGAGUGCGCGAGACCAGGGAUGUGAGCCUGGGCUUGCCCCCUCUUCCUGGCAAGUUGCUAGCCAGGAAGCCAGCCAGUAGGUCUUGACUUGUCUUUGCCAUCCUGGGAAUGUUUCUGGCCUUGCUGACACACCUUUCUCAGGUCAGGUAGGCUGAAGAAAACUGCCUUGCCAGAAGUAGCAGGGAUUUGUUUGUGAGUUCAGUAAUUUGCUGGUUUUAAAAUCUGAUUAAUUUUUUGAAUGAAAAUUUAAAUGUUUCCUUUAAGAUUUUUAAAUGAAAAUUUAAAGGCGAUUCAGGUGGCUCAGCAAAUCUGACUUUUUGUAUUGUUGAAGAAGAUCAAAUUUUCUAGACACCCAAGAAAUCCAAGCAGCAGCUUCUCUUGUUACUGACACAGCAGGAGGGGACACCAGGUAGGAAUCAUGCACCAGUUUUAUCUCUUCCUCAAACGCUUGCACAAAAGCCAUGUAAAGCUCUCCAUUACCUGGUAUUUUAAACUUUCUAUAAGUUAUUAGCCAAAUAGAAUUGUAAUGGGGUGGUAUUUAUAGGUACCUAGAAAAGAAUUACAAGCACCUGGCAGGGUGAGUCAGUUUGUUUUAAAAUUUAGAGCAAAUAGCCUUUCCCUAGUUCCUUAGACAACUUUUAGACUCUAUACCAUGAAGAGAAUUACAGAUAGCCUGGUUCCGGGCCGAGCCUCUUCCCUGGCCUCAUUUUGCCCUGUAGUUCUUUCUUGUCUCUCCUUCCCUUCCUCCCCCUGCCCCGUUAGAAACCUUAAAAAGCUGCCUACGUGGUCUGAGAUAAGCCAAAAACCCUAUUUGGCUUGCUACCUCAGGAUUCUCUUCCCCUUCUUCCCUCCUGCCUGGCCUUCUCUCUGUCUCACUCCCUCCUCGCUAUUCCCCGUCUGUCAUCGAGUGCUCCAUUCCUCCAUGGUCAGUGCUGGAAAUAAAAGCCUUCAGUC